AUGCCUUGGAUAAGUCUCUGGACUAUUACGUGGCUGCUUGCGUGGACUAUCACAGCAGUAGCAGCAAGCACGCCAGAGCAUGUUUCGUCGGAUGACUACGAUGCAACAGCUUUUCAAUCCCAGUUCAAUCGCUGCCCAGUCCCUUGUUUAGACGAAUCACCUGAAGAUUGGAGUGUUUAUUCUUCAUUUGAAAGACUUUCACAAUGUGACCGCCCCAUGCUUUUCGAUCUAGCAAUCCAUACGCCAAUCAACGACAAGAAAAAGUCCGUUCUAAUUCGUGCUUGUACGACUUCCACGUCAAACAAAAAGUCUCACCAUAAAUCAGACGCUGCGAAAAGAGAAUUGGAUGCCUGCCGCGACUCUUUUGUUCAAACCAAGGUCCAACUACAUGUUUCGCGGGAUGUUGACAAACCCACUACUAAACCCAGAGAAGGUUUGAUCAUUCUGUUCAACAAGAUGAAGGAUUAUGCACAAUCUAUCGUUGCCACUACCGGCUGUAGCAAAGAGAGCGAUGUUAUGCUUGGCUACUUUGACGGUUCAGUUGUGGGCAUUUACGCCGGAAGAUCAUUGGCUUCAGCUACUGUCCCACCCAUGAUUGACCAUUUGUUUGAUCAGUACAAAUAUCCCGGCUAUGCUACAUCUAGUAUGCUAACACAGAUAUGUGGCCAUGAAAGUGACAUGGAUCAUACAGCCGGUGUGGCAGUGUCAUUAGAGGCUGAUAUUGACUACGUUCAAUCUGCGUUAUUAUCUUGGAAUCAGGGAGAGUGUGCCAGCAAGCCUAACAUAGCAGACGACGGAUCUACCUACCGAGAUCUCACCAUUCACCAAGUGCCUCUACCAGCCGCUUUAAACUCUGUGGCCCAGGGUGUUGAGAAUGUGAACUCUGGAUCCAAAGAUCUGGGUAGAGUCACAAACAUGGCCGAGCAUCUCGAUGCACAGGUAAAUGGGAAAUAUUGCACCAUGCAUAAGAUCGCUGUUGGUGAUACGUGCGCUUCGAUAGCAAAAACAUGCAAGAUUUCGGUCGCCAAUUUUCUCAAGUAUAACGAUGUCAAAGGGGAUGGAAACGACUUUUGCAGGAAACUUCAAGCAGAGAAGAAUAUAUGUUGUUCAUCCGGCUCAAGCAAACCACUCCCUGAAGACAACGGAGGCUGCUAUACUUACACUAUAAAGGCAAAUGACGAGUGUUCGACCAUCGGUGCCCCUUGGAAUCUUACACCAAAAGAUAUUGAAGGCUUCAACAACAAGAUAACUUGGGGAUGGAGGGGCUGCCCGAACUUGACUGUGGGUCUCAAGGUUUGUCUGAGCAAAGGCUCGCCGCCGAUGCCAGCUCCCAUCAGCAACGCCGUCUGCGGCCCUCAAAAACCCGGUACCGUCAACCCAGGGCAAGUCAAAGAUGCUUCCACUCUGGCUAAGCUCAAUCCAUGCCCUCUUAACUCUUGUUGUAAUAUUUGGGGUCAAUGUGGAAUUGAUUCCCUCUUUUGCACAAAAGCAGACGGACCAACGGGAAACCCUGGAACUGCACCUCCCCGUGCCAAUGGAUGCAUCUCAAAUUGUGGCACCGACAUUGUGAACAAUGAUAAACCUCCCUCUAACGGAUUCAAACGCGUCGGCUAUUACGAGGCAUUCAACUGGGAGCGCUCUUGCUCGCACAUGAGAUCAGAGAUGUCAAACACGCAAAAAUACACUCAUAUGCAUUGGGCGUUUGGAGACGUCAAAAGCGAUAUGUCGGUAUCCAUUAAUGAUACAUACGGCCAGUGGUAUGGGUUUAUGGGAUUGAAAGAUGUCAAAAAGAUUGUUUCAUUUGGCGGCUGGGGAAUUUCUACGGGAGUUGAGUCAUAUGAAGUACUCCGAAAAGCUAUGUCUCCCGAGAGCCGAGAUCGCUUCAUAUCAAAUGUUGUUUCUUUUGCAAAAGAAGCCAACGUCGAUGGCAUUGACUUCGAUUGGGAGUACCCCGGCGCACCUGAUAUCCCUGGUAUUCCAAAAGGUCUACCAAGUGAUGGUCCCAACUAUCUUAACACACUUCGUGCCUUGCGGAAAGCGUUGCCGGCCAGGUACUCUCUUUCUAUUGCGGUUCCUGCGUCAUAUUGGUAUUUGCGCCAAUGGGAUGUUGGAAAUGGAUGGGCCAUGUCCGGGUGCCCAAGCGGAAAUUGUUUGAGAAGCCAUAUUAACCAGACGGAGGUUGUUUUGGCGCUUUCUAUGAUCACCAAAGCUGGUGUAAAUGCCAACAAGGUUUUCGUGGGAGAAUCCAGUUAUGGACGAUCUUUUCGAAUGUCCAAUGCGGGAUGCACAGGGCCAGACUGCACAUUUACAGGCGCCAAUGGUCAAUCUAAUGCCGCAAAGGGAAGAUGUACAAACGCUAGCGGAUACCUUUCUAAUGCCGAGAUCAGCGAGAUUAUUUCCAAGUCAUCGAAGUCGAAAAGGACAUGGUUCGACAAGGACACAGCCUCAGAUUAUCUGGUAUACAAUGACGUUGAGUGGGUGGCCUACAUGUCCGAUAAAACAAAGGAAAUCCGCCGUGACAAAUGGAAGAAGCUAAACUUUGGCGGAUCAGUCGACUGGGCAGUUGACUUGCAAGAAUUUAACGUGGCAGACACCGUCGGCCCGCAUGGACAGUAUAAUAAUGCCUCUUGCAUACAAGUUUUUGAUAACAUGAUAUGGGAUUGGCUCAACCCGUCUAUUGAAGCAGUCGCAGGAUGCACGAAUAUUCUCCAACCAUCACCUCUCCCGACUGCAGUAACCCUUACAGCAUAUACGACAAUUACUCUACAAUUGGGAACCUCGUUAAGCACGACGGUAGUAUCUGCGUCCUUCUCCAUCUCAGAGGUCAGCUAUCAGCCAUUUACCUUUAAUGAAUCACACAUCAGUACAUUUAGUUCCGGACAAAUGCUCACGUAUAAUCCCACUCCCCGGAUAACGCCCAAUCCCGUUACAAUCGGCAUACCUACCGGUUGGACUGUCACAGGAGUAGGAAAAGCUACUGGAGGAAAUGCUUUAAAAGAACCUUCUGUGUCAAUUAUAGGACUUCCACAAAUGACUAGUACCAGUUCAUCUGACCACGGAAUUGGAUUCUUACUGCCUAUUACCUGGCUCCCAACUGUCAGCUACAAAAUUCCGUCGAUUCUCACUCCAAAGCCACCAGCUCCUACUGAGCUCCCAGAUGAUGACGAGCACCCAAUUAUCAAUGCUCCUACACCUCCAGGUGUUGUUGACUGCAAAGAUAACUCGUGUACCAAAGGCCAAGACUGUGAUAAUGACAAGUGCUUGCAGGGAGGAGAUUGUUACGGGGAAUCGUGUGUGUCCGCCGGAAAAUGCAAAGGUAAGAAAUGCAUCCGCGGAGGAAAUUGCGUCGGUUUCCAUUGUCAGCAAGGAGGUAUUUGUGAAGGAGAAGCGUGUGAAAAGGGGGGCGGUUGCUCGAAGAAGGGCUCCGGAAACUGCAACUCCGGGGAGUGCAGAGGUAAAGGCUGUUUCCCUCGGUCCAAGUGCUCCGGCGCACAAUGCGAAAGGGUUACCAUCAAGCCUCUUCCCCGUCCAAAAGGCACUCCAGUGAGACUCCCAAGGCCGACUUGCCUCUUUGGAUGUCCGAAACUCCCGGAUUGUCCCUUUUGGGAUCUCUCCUGCAACGCGCCAUGCGGCCUGAUUGGUUGUCCUCCGGGUCGGCAACCAACAGCAAAGGCCUGCACAACUUUGCAAACGGGUAGAGAUUGCACAGAAUUCAUCAGUAGCACACAAGUGCAGACGAAACCAACCACUUCCUGGUCGACUACUACUCGAACUCGAUGCGAGAAUGUGGUUGAUUGCGAAGUUACCGACAUGACUUUCACGACAACUAUAAAAUCAUCAACAGAAGAGCCAGAUCCAACGUAUAUCGCAAAGAUCAUAGAGUAUGAAGGCAUGAAACUGAUGAAGGAUAAAGAUCUUUUAGCCUCUAUCGGUAAAGAUGAAGACGAGUUUUUCUCUUUGCUCGAAUCGCCCACAACAACCACCUUGGAAAUAUCAACCACCUCGGAAAUUACCUCGACUCCUUCAGAAGAAGCCUCUUCAGAGCCUACUCAAACGCCAGAAGUCACAUGCGGGAUUGCGCUUUACCCCCCGCUCAUGUGGCGAUUAGACAUCAUUGACAUGACAGGCAGUUGGGUCUGGGACGAUGAAGGUAAAAAUCUGCAGAGCGAAAUCAAAGGCUGCGGUGCAAUGACUGGAUGGGAAUGGUUCAAGAGAAAAGACGGGACGCGCGAGUGCCGCUUUAACCUACCGCUGAUUAUAAAGGAAGGGUGCGUAGAGAGGGCGAUAGCCUCCGCAGGUGGUCCGGACAUAGACUGUAUUUUCGCUUUCGGCUGA